AUGCUUGUCACCAACACAUGUUUCCAGCAUCGCAAGAAACAUCUGCUGACCUGGUUUUCAAACGACGGUCAUACGGCCAGUCAGAUUGACUACAUACUAGUCAGCUCAAGGUUCCGCAGCUGGGUUCAUGAUAGCAGAUCGAUGCGUGGUGCCGAGACUGGUAACGCCCAUGGGUCGGAUCAUGUCCUCGUCCGUACACGCCUGAAAGUUCACCUCUCAUCCGCACCAAAAAUGCCACGUCCUAGACGCCUCAAUGUCGCAAAAAUCCGGCAAGCCAGCACUGCCGAGGCCCUAAGCAGAGAAAUCCGGACCUGUUUUACGACCCGAGCCGACGGAGAAGUCAGUAGCCAGUGGACGUCACUGAAGACUUCAGUCUAUGGGGCAGCUGAGAAAAUCCUUGGAUGUACCCAGCGACGCCGCAGUGACUGGAUCAGCGGAAGAACCCUGCAGUUGUCUGCUCAGACGGCUAGAGUCAGAUCCCGCGACGAUGAUUACUUCCACCAACUUCGGAAGAUGACGGCAAAAUCGGCCAGGGAUGACCGGAAGAAAUAUUGGGCUGAAAUAACGACCUCCAUGGAACAGGCCUCGAAAGUUGGUGACACUCGAAAGCUCUACCGUCUGAUUCGCCGAACCAUCGAUAAGCCCUUUACACUGAGUGACCCUGUUCGCGAUGUGAACGGCGGCCUUACUGCUGACAGCUCGGCCAAAGUCGAGAGCUGGCGUGAGCACUUUGAGCACCAUCUCAACUUCGAUACCCAACCUACAUCGCCCUUACUCUCGUCCUCAGCGGAGUUUAUUCCCUCUCCUACCUAUGCGGUGCCAUGCGAUCCCCCCUCCGAGAGAGAAGUCGCAGAUGUCAUACGAAAGUUGCGCAACAAUAAGGCACCCGUAGAGGACGGUAUAAACGCUGAAAUCUUCAAGUCUUGUGUCGACACUCUGGCGACCUGGCUACUUAAGGUGAUUGAACAAGCGCGGAGAGACGAGGUUGUUCCUGAUGACUUGGGCUUAGGCAUCCUUGUACCUAUUCUCAAGACAGGGUUGUAUCCUGUCACCCAUACUGUUAAACUACGCUAUUGA